UUAUUAGAAAUCAUCUGUUGAAUGCUGAUACAUUUACAAUAUCUUAAUUAUUAUAUAAUAAAUGUCACACUAUGAUUUGAAUUCAAUCAAUUUGUUUUCAUAAGUAAUUUCAUUUCCAUCAAGAUAUACUUAUUACAAUUAUUCAAAUAAAAAAUUUGUUACAAAAACAUCGGAUGAUAGAAAAUUUGCAAGUAGCACUAUAGCAUAUCAAGUAUUUCAUUCAGAUUUAUUCUUAUCCUGUAUAGGUCUCCCUUCACUAUCAUAUUCUUGUUCCUUGAAAGCAAUAUAAACAUACCCAGCUAUUAUCAGAUUCACUGUUAAUACUGAAGCGGAAACUGACCAAAUAACGUUAGUAAAUCCAGUAAUAUCGAAGUCUUGCAGAGUAUACUUUGUUCCAAAAAAUGCACCAAAUGGUAGGGACACCAUUAGAAACGAAAAAAAAAGGAGAAGCAGUAUGGCCUUAUUUUCCUGUGCUUUAUGAUUUGGAUGUAGUAUUUUAAUCGGAUCUGGUUCAAAUUUUGCUGCAAUUGUCGACUCCAUUUAGAUUUUUUAGUGUAUUUUUUCUUCAGAAAGGGCUUUACUUCAUGUUUCUCCAAUAGCUUGCCACAUAGUAAAUAAUGAUAUUCGCUUAUGGAAUUGUGAAAAAAUUAUUUAUUCUUCAUCCAGACACCUUCAGUUGAAAUCCUAAUGAAAUUAACAAUCAAUAAAGUGGUUUUAUAAAGAAUAUGAUAAUCAUAAAUUGAUAAAAACAAACAAGAAAAUUUUAGGUUGGAGUUGGAAUUUUUUAAUGUCACGGGAUAUGUGACAGUAAUGACAGUAUUGACAGUUUUUUUGAUUUCAGAGAUUACAUAUUUAUUUUGAUUUGAAUAUUGCUAUUGCAAAUCGCAUGAAUGAACUUCAUUAUUAGAUUCUGAAAUAAACAAUAAUAUUUAUAUUCUUAUGGUAUUUUUAAUUUAAAAAAUCAGUGGCAUUUAAUCAAAUUUUUGUAACCAUUUAUAAAUCUCUAUGGUAGAAUAAAAAUCAGAGAAAACCAGAGACGACACGACAGACGAUUUCAGUGCUUUUUAAAAGGCUUGUUUUUGUUAUUGUGAAACAAAAAAAAAAGAAAAUAAAUUGUGAUAAGGAAGAAAGAUUUGAAUAUUGCUGAAUAAUUAACUGAAUUUUGUUGAACCAUAGUGAAUUCUUUUCAAAAAUGGAAAACAACGUCUACUGCUUAGAGAACAGCCAUGGAAAUGAAUGUAACAGGAAAAUGCUCUCUAUUUUUUGUAUUUUCUAAUCAGAAGUACCAUAGAAAUCUGCGUUUUUACUUGUUAUUUAAGUGAAAUCAAUCUAUAUAGCCAUGGCACCAAUACCAGCAGAAUAUUUUUAUGAUUUCUGGGACACUUAUGAAAAUAAUGAUAUUGAACUCACAUGUCUAAUGCCAAACGGUAUUGUUAUUUUACUCAAAGCUCAUAGCAAUGCCACUCUUGGAGAAAUCAAGGAGGAUUUGUGGGAUGAAGCUGCCAACUAUCCCUUGUAUGGAAAACUUUAUGAUAUUUCUGGCUAUGUAUUCAUGUACGUUAAUAACAUGGCAGAACAGGUAAAAGUUGUAGAUGAAUGCAGAAGACUCUGUGAUAUAAGGCCUAUUGGAGGGAUAUUGAAAAUAGUUGAAGCUAAAACUGAUAAACUAGAUGAAACUACAAGUGGUCAAGUUGGUCAUUUGAUUGGCAAACGUUUGCAAGAAUUUGAUUCCAUGAAUAGCCCAGAAAUAAAUAAUUUCAGGUUCAAAAUGAGAAAAUUGGGGGAAGAUAUAGCGAAAUCUAGAGAAAAAUUGACUUGGCAACAAAAGGUGUUCUACCAAUUUCCUCCAAGAAUUACAGUUCCUAAUAGUCUUUUGUUGAAUCAAAUAGGUCAUGACAAGAACAUUAAAAUAGCUACUAAGUUUGGUAAUUCCGAUAAUUCGUAUAAUUUUACAUUUGAUGUUUCUAUGAGUAUAAGACCCACAAAAUUCCUGGAAUUAGUUCUUACAAAAAAAGCUACGAUAUUCAAUACAAAAAAUGAAAGAACUAGCGACUAUGUAUUGAAAGUAUGUGGUUGUGACGAUUUCAUAAUGGGAGAAGAACCCCUCAUUAAUUUCCAAUAUAUUCAGGAAAGUUUAUCCUAUGGUAUUACUCCUGUGUUGGUUACUGUUAAUAUCUGUGAUGUUCCAAUUACAACUGAAGGAGAUUACGAGUGUAUAGGAAAUUUUGAUAAGAAGCCUCGUCCGUCUUAUUCGACAUUAACGCUCAGGAAAAAAGGAAAAUGUAAAUCUGCCUGGGAUUUGAUUUCCAAUUUUAGAUUAACUCUGUCUAAGUUAAGAAAACUCAAUCUGGAUCCUAAAAAAUCAUCAGAAUUGUUUAUUGGAUUACAAGUGGGCCUGUUCCAUGGGGGAAAGUCCCUAUGUGAAGCAAAAAGAACUGAAGAUUUGAAAGUUACUGUUGUAGGUGAUCAGUGUGAAUGUGAUAUCAACGUUUGUUUUGAAUUUGAUAUGCUGAUGUGCAAUAUUCCCAGAAAUGUGAAGUUAUGUUUUGUUGUCUACGAAGUGAACAAAACUUACAAAGGCGGCAAAUUCAAGAAAUCUAAGGAAGCAAAUAAGGAUCCUUCUUAUAAUCCCAUAGCUUGGGCUAAUACCACACUGUACGAUUUUAAAGAUCAAUUGAGAAUGGGUCCUCAAACACUCUACAUGUGGACUUAUGCUGAGGAAAAUUUUGGCGAUGAUCUUUUGCAUACGUUAGGUACAGUUGUGAAUAAUCCAGAUAUAAGGAACGUUACUGCUUUAACGAUAAAUUUUGAGACUUAUGAAAACCAAAUAAUAGUAUACCCUUGUCCGGAAGCCAUGUUAGAAUAUGCCCAUGCUUUAGGGCAAAGUGGCUCCAAUAAUAUAACUACUGAAAUUGGUUUAGAGAAUAUCAAAAAUUACGAAAAGAACUUCGACUAUGAUAAUUUUUAUGAGAUGCAUGAUCAAGAUAGGAAAAAUAUAUGGAACCUCAAGCAUUAUUGGAAAGAACACAAUCCAGUAAUAUUACCUAAAAUACUCUACUGCAUUGACUGGGAUCGCAAAGAAACAUUUGCAGAAGUAGUGGCACUUCUGAAGGAAUGGCCCCUUCUGCCUGCCGAAAAAGCUUUGGAACUUUUGGAUUACGCUUAUGCAGACCAAGAAGUCAGAAGUUAUGCUGUGCAGUGCCUUCAAGAAAUGAGUGACGAUGAUCUUCUCUUAUACCUUCUCCAACUAGUUCAGGCACUAAAGCACGAGCUGUUCCUAGAAUGUGAUCUUAUCGAUUUCUUACUGAAAAGAGCCCUAGCCAAUCAAAAAAUAGGUCAUUACCUCUUUUGGCAUCUCAGAUCUGAAAUGCAAGUUCCUUCGGUAUCAGUUCGUUUCGGUUUGAUCCUCGAGGCUUACUGCAGAGGAGCCCAAGAGCACAUCGGUAUAUUGCAGCAACAGUUGACCUGUCUGGAGAAACUGAAGAAAUGUCAGGAAGUCAUAAGAAUCAGCAGGGACAAAGACAAGGCCAAGUGUCUGUUGCAAGAUUACAUACAGGGUCAGUCUUCCGAGUUCCUAAGAGGUCUGAGGAAUCCCUUGGACCCCAGCUACAGAUGUGAUAACAUUAAGAUCGAGAAAUGCAGAGUGAUGGACAGCAAAAUGCGCCCCCUGUGGGUCGUGUUCGGUAACGCUGAUUAUUACGGCGACGAUGUCUACCUCAUUUUCAAGAAUGGGGACGAUCUGAGGCAGGACAUGCUGACCCUGCAACUUUUGAGGAUUAUGGAUAAGUUGUGGAAACAGGAGGAUUUGGAUUUGAGGAUGAACGUUUACAAUUGCGUUGCGACCGAUAACAGGGCAGGUCUGAUAGAGGUCGUUUUACAAGCGGAAACAAUAGCCAACAUACAAAAGGGAAAGGGGAUGUUCAGCGUUUCUUCGGCCUUCAGAAAAGGAUCGAUAUUCGAUUGGUUGAAGGAUUACAACACCACAGAAGCCGCUUUAGAUCAAGCUGUCAAGGAGUUUACCCUGUCCUGUGCCGGAUAUUGUGUGGCUACUUAUGUUCUAGGGAUUGGCGACAGACAUUCCGAUAAUAUCAUGAUAAAAAGAACUGGUCAGCUGUUCCAUAUCGACUUUGGCCAUAUAUUGGGUCACUUCAAAGAGAAGUUCGGAAUAAAAAGAGAACGGGUACCUUUUGUAUUAACCCACGAUUUCGUUCAUGUGAUAAAUAAGGGAGCCAAAGACAGUGAACACUUCAAGACUUUCCAGAAGAACUGCGAAAAAGCUUUCCUCAUCCUAAGAAAACACGGUAAUCUUAUACUUUCCCUUUGUGCAAUGAUGAUUUCAACGGGAUUGCCCGAAUUGUCUUCGGAAAAGGAUCUCAAUUAUUUGAGGGAGACAUUGGUUCUUCUGAAAUCAGAAAAGGAUGCCUUAGAACAUUUCAAGAGCAAAUUCAACGAGGCUCUCUCAAACUCCUGGAAGACAUCACUGAAUUGGGCGUCUCACAACCUGUCGAAAAAUAAUACUUAGUAUUGUCGCGUUUGCUGCCAAUCCAGAAUAAGUGCCAAUAAAGUAACUAUAAGGAUCAAUGAUUUAUUUAUUCAUAUUUUGUAUUCAAUAAUUGUCAUUGAAUGGUGUACUCAUUUUAUUUCAUAGUAUUAAAGUUAUCUUAUACAUGUUAAUUUUUAUAAAAAACUUUUUUUAAAGUUA